AUAAGAAGAAAAUACAGCAACAACAACAUCGAAAAACAAAUCCAAUGUGUUAUUUAUCUUGUGCUUUGUACUUGGAAAUCUAUGUGGGAUUAUAAACUCAACCCUUAAAUCGGGGGGAUACAAUGAGGCCAGAAGUAUACGAUGUUACCACAGUUUACACUCUAUGCCAGGAUUAUUUUUUUUAUGAUGGUAAUGUUUGCCUUUGCAACAACAGCAUGUUCAAAGAAAACAAACGAUUAUGUGAUAAUGUUAAAAAAUCACGAGAGGGCAUUACAUAUAAAUGCCGCCGGCAAAGUGACAGCAACAGAUAUAUCAUUAGCACAAUUCUUCACAAUGGAAAGUGUUACCGAUGCCUUAAGCGAUACAUUCCGAAUUGCUUUAUACGUAAAAGAAGUAGGACGUUAUCUAUGCUUUCGCCGGGGGAAAUUAGUUGGAAUGAAACACCUCAGUCGCGAUUGUCAUUUCAUCGAAAAAAUGGAUCAUGGCUAUUUCCUGUAUGCUAAUGCCUACAACCCCCAAUGGCGGGUGGGUUUCACACGAGGCCUCAAACCCGUGGGACCCCGCCACAUGCAACGUCCUCAAACGUUGCGUAGAGCUUGCUUUUUAUUUGUUAAAAUUAAUGCUGAGCAUUUUGAUAGAGAUAUGUUUACUACGACUAGUACGACAACAACAACAACCACGACCACAACAACAGUGGCAGCCCAUAAAAAUGUCAUAGAAUCAAGGAAUCAUCAUAGUAUAAGAGAUUAUGGUUUGGAGGAGUACGAAAGACGUUUGCUGGCCAAGGAAAGGAAAAAUUAUCGUACUGCUCAUCGGCGGGAUGGAGAGAUGGUGGUGACACAUGAAUCGGGUAGUGGUGGCGGUCAUCGCCAUAGGCUGGGCACGGAGAAUAGACGGCGUCCAAAUCAUCAAGCGGGAGGAGGAAAUUUACCCCAGCCAAAAAACUUGAAAAGACCUCAGCCAACACCAAAGGCUGGGGAAGAAAGAAGAAAAAAAUUCCAACGCGAAGAACACGUGCGCAAGCAACGUCUAAAUGGCCAAAGAAAACGUAAACAGGUGGAUCCCCACUAUGAACCGAAUUCGCAGAGCAGUAGGGGUGAGCAGGAAGAGCAGGGGAGGCAUCAUAGCAGUAGCAGCAGCAGUAGUUCGACUUCAUCGUCAGCCUCAGUGACGGCCACUUCAUUGGCGGCCACAGCCUCCUUGGCCCCCUCCGCCCUCAAUUUGGUGGCCAUGUUGGCUGCCAGCCGACGGAAAAGAGGUAGAAGAAAGAAGGAGGAGGAGGAAGAGGAGCAGCAGUCAAAUUCCGAAAAAUCCAGCUCUGCAAAUGCUGAUUUACAGUUGGUUAGUCAGGAUGGCAGUGCAGAAGAGGAAGAGCUAUAUGAUUUGCCAGAGCCAGAAAAAAGAAGAAGAAAAAUGCAUUUCCAUCAUCCUGAGCAUAGCUAUUAUCAAAAGCAGCCGGAGCAGCAGCAACAACAAACCACACCUGACACCCAUUUUGUACAGCCACAAAACCAUAAAUACUCAAAUAGCAAUGCUAAGAAAUUCCAUAGUCAUAAUCAUAGUAAUAUUAACAGUAAUAAUAAUAAUUAUAGUCGAAAUAGCCGAACUAGCCAUAGCCAGGAAGAAGAAGAUAAAAAAGAAAGAGAAGAUGAUAAAGAACCUAGCCAUAGUUUUAGUAUUAGUCAUAAUAAUCAUAAUUAUUUAAACGAUAAUCAUUUAACGAAAUUAAAUACGAAUAUUAAUAAUAGUUCUAAUGCUAAUGCAAUAUUACCUGCCUUGCCAAAAAACUUCAAUAAUAACAAUAACAACAACCACAGCCACAAUAAUCAACAAGAAAAUGAAGAAAAAAAUCUAAAUUUAAUGACUGAUUUUCAACAAUUCACCACACCACCCACACCUGCAUCAAUAACAGCUGUUUCUCAGCAGCGUCCGCAUCACCAUCAACGGCCACGGCCUCGGCAUCAUCAUCAACGUCGUCAACAUAGUAAUGACGGCGUUGAAAAUAUAUCACCAUUACGGCGUCAACGCCAUAAACGGGAUAGUGCAAUUGAUGGCAUUUCGGAUGAUGCUGCUGCUGAAUCUGAUGAUGAUGAUGAUGACAGUGUUGCCGCCAUCUAG